AACAUUCAACUGACAGCUUCGAUUCAGUUCAAUUGUUUGUUUGCGUUGUGCUUUCUGCCUCUGUAAUUGCAUUUGUUUGUUUGCAAGAAAAAGCUAUUUUAAACCAUAUAGUAACCAUCGCCGUGCAAGAUCGAAAGUGCCUUAUCGAUCGGUGUUUCAUAUCAGCUCACAUUCAUUGCAUUCCACUCCUUUCGUUCCCAGUCACACUUGCAACACUUCUGCAGCGAACAUGGUUUGGCUAGAAUCCUGUUGGUCACCGUGCAUUUGGACAAAUUCCGUGAAAUCGGGAAGCUAUGCUGUGGCCGGAUACACCGUUGCCAUCUCUAUCGUGCUGAUAACGAUGACCACAUACAACCUGCUGGGCGGAGAUUCAUCCCAACUAUACUCUCCUCUGUUUGAGACCGACAUUCGUGACUCGAUGCAGGUUGUCGGAGGAUUUUUCAUCUUUUACUUCAUUCUGCUGAUACUGUCUGCGGGAGGAGUUUGCUACUCAUUGAAAACCACCACCCGUGGUUGGAUGUUGCCGUGGUUGUCGCUGUUUGGAAUCGCUAUACUGUUCCAAUUUGUGUUCGGCCUGUGGCUAAUUGGAGGCUAUUACAUUUACUUGGAGCAAACUCUUUCGAGCCUGAUUCUUUGGGUAUGGAUGGCCUACAAUAUCUACUGCUGGAUGUGCGUUUACUCACAGUAUCAAAUAUUCGAAAACCUCCAAUCACCAAACAUCGAGCUUCUCAUGCCUUAGAGUACGCCUAACAAGCGUACAAUAGUUGGUAGAAUCUACAGAAAGACCUCACCUUUUUUUAACUUUGAAUAUCAUCAUUCCAGUAAGAACAAUCUAGUAUUUGUAGCCGAUUCCUGUUCUCGAAUCUUCCUCGAUAUGAUUUUUUUGUUAGCAUGACGGUUUGUAUUAUUCCAUUUACGAAAGUACAAACGUAUUAGGAAUAUAUCGUUCUACUGUAAGCACUCGAAAGAUUAAGAUAUACAAAAUAGCGUAGAAGGUGGACUGAGAAGUAAACGAGCCGUCCGUGUAGCAAAUCAUGCAUAAUAUUUCGAAAUAAAGAUACUUUUUUAUAACAAUAA